GGUGGUUAAUCUAAAUGUGAUUGGCUAGAUACGAUGAGGACGCGGAAAUCUGUCCCAGUUGGGGCAUUAUUUGGUGGUGCAGCUACCAAGGGAGGCAAGGUGUAUGUGAAAUGCACUCAGCAGUAUUGCGUCUGGCUGUAGUGGCAGUCCCCAUGGGUGUGCUGUUGUCCAGAACCAUGGCCUGGAUGUCCAGCGGCAAGACACAUCCUGAACUCAUCAGUCGACUUCGGGAUCAUGGAGUGAUCCGCAGUGAUUGUGUGUUUGAUGCCAUGCUGGCCACAGACAGGGGAAUCUACUCUGAGGACUACCCUUACUCCGACUCUCCUCAAUCUAUUGGGUACAAGGCAACAAUCAGCGCUCCACACAUGCAUGCACAUGCUCUGGAGGUGUUGAGUGACAAGCUAAUCGAAGGGGCCUCAGCCCUGGAUGUGGGCUCUGGGAGUGGAUAUCUCACUGCCUGCUUUGCUAGGAUGGUGGGGUCCUCGGGGAAGGUGGUGGGAAUCGAGCACAUCAAGGAGCUGGUGGAGGCCUCUGUGAGAAACGUGCAGGCAGAUGACCCAAAGCUACUCUCCUCAGGAUGCAUUAAACUUGUGGUGGGGGACGGAAGGUUGGGCUACCCUGAAGGAGCACCGUAUGACGCCAUCCACGUUGGGGCAGCUGCGCCUACACUCCCCAAAGCUCUCCUGGAGCAGCUGAAGCCUGGAGGGAGGCUGGUUCUCCCGGUGGGUCCAGACGGGGGGACCCAAGUUCUGGAGCAGUACGACCGCCAGCCAGACGGAACCUUCCUCAGAAAAGCCCUAAUGGGGGUCAUCUAUGUUCCCCUCACAGAUAAGCGACGCCAGUGGCCUGGGGGUGAGCUCUGAUUGCAGUGUGGUUGCCCCUGCAGGAAGUGGUGCUGGGGCUGCAAUUCUGGGGUCCCAUAGGACAGUCCAGUCUGAUGCAUAUCAGCCAGAACAUGCCAGCAGCUGCCUGCUCUUCCCUGCCUCUUUG